ACAAAAAAUGUUAACAAACGGCACAACAUAUGCUAUAACAACGUUCACACUAUCUUUGAUUCGCAGUCCGUGCAUUCAAAAAGUAGGACCGUGGUGAUACUUUCUAAAAAAUAUCCAACCAGUUUCGAGAGUACCGGUACAAUCGUUAUACAUUGCACGUUUGAUGCAGAACAAGCAACAGGUUUGUUUGUAUGGUGUGUUUAAAGAAGCAAUGGAAAUCGUUUAAUGCGAACGUAUGAACACAUGUAAAUGUUGAUUGUGAUGGCAUUUUGCGUAGCGAAAGGGUAUUAUGUCAGCUGUACGCGUGGAUUUUAAACAAUCGUUUUCUGAUAUUGAUAAGUACGCGAACUAUAAUAUUGUAUUAAUAAUGGUACCUGCAUUAUAAAUUACCUUAAAACCUAGUUAAGUUUUUUUAGACAUACUAAUAGUCGGCCGGAAGGAAUAUUUCCGUGUUAAAUAAAUAACUGUAAAAAUCUACAUAAUAAAACAAGGAUGGGCAAUUCAUCGUUUUAAAUAGUUUAAAUGUUGACCUAAGUAGAUACCUAACUAACGUCCAUACAUGAACAAAUAAAAUUUACCUAGGUACGUAUUUAUUUCCGACUUCUUAAAAAGGAGGUGACUUAAUUCGCUAACUUGCGUUAAAAUUUGGAUACCCAACUUAGAUGAAAUUGAUCGUAAGUUAGGUAGUUUGUUGAGGUUUUUAAAAUUAACCUAACUGCUUAGAAUAACUCACUAAAAGUAUUUUAUUUCUCGCCGCGUCAUUCUAAACGUAACCUCCCUCAGUGCCGAGUGGCCGUUCGUACAGGUGAAAUAUGUCGAAGAGGGCUUAUUUACCACAAUAUACAAGUCCGAAUAUAACAUUGGUGCCGAACGUGUCCUUCGCCCCACCACGUAAAGAGUAUGUUGCGAACCCCACAAAUAUUAGUUUAUUUAGUUGUGAUCCAAGUGCCGUUGCCGCGGGUGUUAGUAGAAGAAGUAGCAUAAAUUAUAGUAAUUUGAGGCAGAUUGUUGUGGAACCCAGCUUACCCAGCAGUGACGAGAUUAUUUCGCAUGCAGGCGCUUCAGUUAAUCCGGAUAACCAGACGUUUCAACAUCAAGAUACCAAUAGUAUGGAUCAUUCACUAACUUCAAAUAAUACAAAUCCAGGCAUUAAAGAACUCUCUUCGUCAUUGUACAAAUCAAGAAACAAUUUAGUUGAUUUCACAGGUUUUAACUUACUUAAAAGAGAUGGAAUGAGUUUGACAAAGAAUAAAAAUGAUCUCAAAAUAAAUGACGCUAAACGUGCAGAGAUAACUGUAACUUCUAAAAAACAACAAAGUGAAGCUGAUAAAAAAGUUAGCAAACCCAAAGAAUUUACCGCAACUCAGGUUAGUAGCAAGAAAAGUGUUAACAAUAUUAAAAGUAAUGAGACCAAUCAAAGCAUACCUAAUACAAAGGACUCAAUGGAAAAAUAUUUUAAGCAGCUUUGGGAACGUAAUGUGGACAAAAAAGUUGUAAAGACUAAAGAAACUUCAAAACAUGAAACGACCGAAAGAAUACAAAGUCCAAAGCGUAAUAAGCCAAAUGCAAAAGCCAAAAACUUAGCAUUACCUAGUCAAAGUAAAAUAAAACAUAAAAAGGAUAACUCAGACGCCAAGCGUUCAGAAACUAAAUCAAAGAGCUCAAAAAAGGAUACUGAGAAUAAAAGUAAAACAAAAACUGUCAGUAAGUCUAAAAGUGAGACUAAACCUAGCAUUUUGGUGAAAACGACUACCUCUUCUAUCUCACCCCCUCACAACAACAAACCUCAGCUUAAUUCAUCCUCAUCAAAGGAUAUAAAACGUAAAGAUUUUAAACUAGACCCAAAACGCCAAAAUGAUAGUCAACCUAAUAGUGCAAAAAAAGUUGAACAGAAAUCAAUAAAAUCAAAGAAAACAAAUUCUGAAAAGAAAACAAGUUCUUCGCGGAAGCCGAUUGUACAGCCCAAAGCAACUAAUGAAGAAAAAAAGGACAUCAGUACCAAAGAAAAAGCUAGUAAUGUUUCUACCAUUACUUGUAUUAGCAACAAUAAUACUCUGCCGAACAAAAAUAAAGACGAAAAACAAGAUCUGCCAAAAAUAGGUCGUAAGAGAACGAAAAGUGAAGUAUACAAGGAACAGGACAACAUGUCAAUAACUGUAGAACAAGGAGUGAAAGUCAGUUCUACGACAAUGGCGAAAUAUGAAGCCCCAGUGAAGAAAUCCAAGCCUAAGAAACGUAAAAGAAUAAAAUUAGUCAUUAAUAUAGAAUGUCCGUCUUCGGGCGACUCUGAUUCUGAAGGUGGUAUCGAAUAUACCCGACGAUCACCAGACGAUUGUUCCUUUCUUGAUGAUUUUGAUGUCGAUGAAAUUGUUGAAUGUCUUGACUCAUGUCGCGAGCCAUUUGAAUAUAAGAAAGUAAUGCCUCCAAUAAUUGAGGACACAAAAACGAAUAAUAUGUUAACAAAUAUUCAAGUAGUACAACCAAAAGAAAAAUUAAUCAAUGAUUUUAAUAUUAAAGUAAAAUCUGAUAUAAAAGAAGAAGUUAUUGUCAUAGUUUCAGAUUCAGAGAAUGAUGAUUCGGAACCAGGAAAAGGAUUUAAAGCAACACAAAAUUGUUGUGUGAAGCCAAUGGAGGUUGAUUCAAAUCAAAAUAUUAAAGUUGGAAUACCAUUUCAAGAACAGAGCAAUAUAGUUCAUAAUCCAAAAGAAACCGAUAUUAAAAAUAGUGCCAAAGAUAUCAUUAAUAUUAUUAACUAUAACGCACUGAAAUUUAAGGUUAAUACUGACAACAACGAGGCAAUUUUCUCAAAAUCUGGUGAUAUUAAAGAAACUUCUCUCAAGGCAGGAUUGAAUAGUACAGAAGAUAACGAAGACAUUCAAAUAGACGCUAAUCCUUCUAAUCUGGAUGAGUAUACUGUGAAGUGUGAUACAGUAGAACCGCAUAAAGGGAUCAGUGACAUUAAUCAACAAGUUGAGACUAAGAACGACACUGUGCCAGCGAGUGUUGGCAAUAACGAUCAAUCACCAAUAAAGUUCACUACUACUCAAGAUAGAGGCGACAUUCAAAUUGAUGUCAAACCAGUAAUAGAUGAACACAUAGUCAAGGAAGUUGUAUCUUUACAGAAUCAAGCACACAAAACGUUUACUGAUGUCAAUCAGAAUGAAAUUAUAACUUCCAUUUCGCCCGAGAUUACUUAUAAAGCAAAUGAAGUAGACAUUUCGGCUUAUAAUAUCUUUUCCAAAAAUACUUUAAGUAUGGACGAUUCAAAUGCAAAAGAAGAAGCGACUGAUUUAGCCGAAGAAAAUGUUGAAAUCAACAUUGAAAAUACAAUUAUAAAUAAUAAUUCCUUGCCAAUAUCUAAACAAGAGCGCAAUGAAAAUACAGAAAUAUGCAAUGACAUUUUAGAACAACCGACAAAAACGUGUGAUAAUAUUAGUAAACAAUCUGAUACUGUGCUUGAACCUGAUUUAAGAGACUGUCUAUCAAAAACUGAAGAUAAGUCAGAAACUAAUUUACCUACGAUUGAAAUAAACCAAAAAAUAAAAGAUUUAGCCAAAUUAAAUAAAUCAGGCAAGAAUGUUUGCGAAGGAAAUACAAAUAUUCAAAAAGAUAUAACAAAUCAUAAUUCUAUAAAUACUUUAGCUCAAACUAAUGAAUCAACAGUAAAAGUUAAAACUAAUUCUAAUUCGGAAAACUCAUCUGAUCUAAUUGAACAAAAUGAAAAAACAGCCCCAAAACCUAAUAAAGCAGAAACAGAGAAACCUCAGCCGCAAAACGUUAAGGGGAAACCUAACGCAAAAAAUCAAAAUAAUUCUACAUCUAAUCUGCAGCAGGCAGACACCAACAAUAAAGGGACAACCACAAACGAAUGUUUAAAGAAUAAAACUGAGGAAAACACUAAUUUCAAAACUAUAGUAGUGCCAGGGAAAAGUGCCGUAGAAACUGCAAACAACAGGAUAGUGCCAAAACCGCAUAAUAAAAAACAAAGUGAUAACUUAUCUGAUGGCAAUUCACAACAGAAUCAGGAUAUGAAUAUAAAAUCAAUGACUUCAAAACAAUUUAUGGCACAUUUGGAAACUAGGAUGUUUCAAUGUUUUCAUUUUAAGUUCAAAAUAACAUCCAUCAUCCAUAAUGGUUCUUUUUCAGUGAUUUAUAAGUGCAAAGAUGAUCAAGAUGAAGUUUUCGCCGUCAAAGUUCUCAAGGAUUAUGUACGUAGAGGCCGAGCAAUAUCCAAAAUGUUAAAUAAAAUACAAAAUUAUGUAUCCAUAGACGGUACUACUAUUCUCUACAUGAUCAAUAACUUUAAAAUGGGCGAUAAUUGGUGUUUUAUGACUGAACAUUAUACAAGGAACUUGGCACAAGCUCUGCGAGAAAAAAAGCGCACUUUGCAUAUAGAUGUAGUGCAGAGGUUGGGUUUACAGUUAGUGUCCGCUGUUGAGAUGUUAGCGAACAACAACAUCAUACAUUCAGACAUAAAACCGGCACAUAUACUAGUCAACGGAGAAUGUUCAAAACUAAAACUAUGCGGCUUUGACAGCAUGAGCUACGGUGAUCAAAUAAGAAUUCUACCGAAUACGGGUACUGUCCCUUACCGAGCGCCUGAAAUCAUAUUAGGGUACUUCGCAGACCAUAGGAUAGACGUAUGGUCAACAGGCUUAGUAAUGUACGAGAUGGCAACAUCUAACAAAUUGUUCAAAGGAUCAUCUAACAACGAAAUCUUAUACAAACAGAUUUGUACAUUGGGAAGUUUUGAAUCUGACAUGAUAAAUGCAUCGAGAUUCAGUUACAAACAUUUUUCUGGAACGAGUUUUAUUCAACACUGUUGGAAGAAUGGAAAAAUUUCGCAUUCCAAACUAAUACAUAGCAUCCAUAGUAAUAAAAAUUUCCACGGAGAAAUAUUUAUGGCCUACAAACAGAAUUGGGAACGAUUUCGUAAUAAGUGGCAAGUAACCGAGGAUUUAGCCAAGAUUGAGAAUUUCUAUGAGUUGCUGAAAAAAAUGUUGACUUUGGACCCCCGACGUAGGCUGCCAAUACAGUUCAUUGGCGCCAGCGAGUUUUUUUAUGGCCUAAACUAGUUAGUCUAAGACUUAAAAAUCUGUUAAUAAGUGUUUUUAGUUCCUAUGUUGAUCAAAAGUUAUUUUUAAUUGUUUAUUUCGUAAGAGUCUCACGAAAAAAUUACAUCUUUAAUUUUAUUCAAAUUUUUAUUUACAUACUACGUAACGUAUGCCGCAACUUCUGAUUGGACAGAUUUCUUUGAUAAUCAUAAGUUUAAUGUUAAGUGUAUUUAUUUAUAUAUGUUACGAAUUAAAAGAUAUUUAUAUUAACUGUUUUUUUCUUUCUAGAAUGGUUGCGUGUUAAGUAGUGUUAAUAUACACAGUAUAUAGUACCUACGGGUACAGAAAACCACUUCCAAUGCGCUUGCCUGCAGUACAAAGCAUCACUUUUGCCGGUAUGGAAUCGAGGCACCAUUAGCACUGUUACGCGAAGCUCGGUACAAUUCGCUAUAACCGCAAUCAUUUUUAAAAGUAAAGUCUUUUAGUAUGCCCAAUAAAUUCGCAAUUGAAUCUAGCUGACACAAAAUAAGUUUUUCUUCAUAACUAUUCUCUACAGUUCGCAGCUAAAGGAACAAGAAAAUCAUUACACUUUUAGAUUUUUCUGAUAAUUGCCUCAGAAAUAGUAUACUGGUAACAUUCCUGAACGCAAACAGACCAGAUUUAAAAUUGCACAAUCGUACACUGUUAUCGAUUUCGUUAAGACAGUUUCCACUAAUAAAGCAUACUAUAAUGCUUUAUUACACAGAAGCCAAAUAAAGUAAGAAAGAAGUAGAUAAAUAUUACGCAAUAGCGCAAAACAUAGACUCCUUAUUAAUAUACAAUUAUCCGGUGGUUCGCGAUGCCUUACUAAUUAAAAGUUAUUCUCUGUAACUCCUCAACAAGUCAUUAUGAGCGACAAAUGAAGUAAUGCGAUUUAAAAUGAACGAUUUUUUUUGUCAAAUAUGUUCAAAUUCAAUAAUUCUGCUAUUCUUUGACUGAUCUCGGUGUGAAUACAGUGAUUUAAAAAAAGAUAAGGACAUAUUUACACUAUAAGUAGGAUAUGUAUUUAAUUUUAAUUGAUUUCAGUGGAUGUGAAAUUUCCUAUUUGGUUGUCCUGAGAAGUAAAUUCAAACUGAGGCGUCAAUGUUUGUACCAUUCUCCUUCGCAUCUAUUCUAUAAUGUUUCACUCUCAUUUCUAAAUGCAUAGUUCAGCAAUCAUUAUUUUAAAAAGUAACAAUGAACUUCAUUGUCCCCCCGCGACACA